UUAUUUCAUUUUGAGUAAUUUGGCCCUCCGUAAUUCUUCAAUGAUGCAGAGUAACUUGGCAAAAUCUGAUUUUGGUAGUCUCUCUGGCUAUGUCUACUAAUAUAUCUUUAUGAAAUCUCUUCAGAAAUUGAAAUAUUGUUUAAACUAAGUUCCUACCAAUGAAGGGGGUAUUUUUCUGUAAUUGGCCGAUUCAUUUUUGGUGUUGUGGUUGUAGAGGUGUGUCCCACCACUAGAGGGCAUCCUACAAUAGUUUUACAAGGUGCAACAGGACGCUUUUCGGUGAAUAAGGAUCUUGUCAAUAUUUGAAUUUGCAGUAUGAGGAUUUAUUCAACAGCAGAUCUCAGAUCAGUUGAACUUGGACGAUUGAUGGAAACAGCUUCAGAAAUCCCUGUUGAAGCACACGCUGAAAUGGGCCGAAAGCAGAGUGACUUUGAUUGGAAAAAGAGCACGGAUAACAUCCAGGAUGUGUUCGAAUUCAUGGAGGUGCUCGGAUCGGGAGCAUUCUCAGAAGUCUUCAUGGUGAAGGAGAGAAAAACAAGGAAGCUUUUUGCCAUGAAGUGUGUGAAGAAGAAAAACAAAAGGGACUUGAACCUGGAGAAUGAGAUUUCUGUGUUGAGGAGGAUCAAACAUGACAACGUUGUCUGCUUGGAGGAUUUCUAUGAAAGUCGGACGCAUUACUACCUAGUCAUGCAACUAGUUUCAGGUGGAGAAUUGUUUGACCGGAUCCUCGACCGGGGCAUGUACUCAGAGUUGGAUGCUAGUCUGGUUAUCAGACAGGUGCUAGAAGCAGUCAGCUACCUGCACAAGAACGGCAUCGUGCACCGGGAUCUCAAGCCAGAAAAUCUGCUGUACUACAGCCCUGAUGAAAACUCCAAGAUCAUGAUCAGUGAUUUCGGCCUGUCUAAGAUGGAAGACAAUGGCAUCAUGUCCACAGCCUGUGGGACUCCAGGAUAUGUCGCCCCUGAGGUCUUAGCUCAGAAACCCUACAGCAAAGCUGUCGACUGCUGGUCUAUCGGAGUCAUCACCUACAUCCUUCUCUGUGGAUAUCCUCCGUUCUAUGAAGAGACCGAGACUCGUUUGUUCUCUAAAAUCAUGAAGGCCCACUAUGAGUUUGACUCGCCCUUCUGGGAUGAGAUCUCUGAGUCUGCGAAGGACUUUAUCCGCAACAUGAUGCAGAAGAAUCCAAAGAUGCGGUAUACUACAGAACAGGCUCUUAGACACCCCUGGAUAAUCGGAAAGACGGCCCGAAGUCACGACAUCCACCAUUCCGUCAGCGUACAGAUCCAGAAGAACUUUGCCAAGUCUAAGUGGAAGCAAGCCUUCAAUGCUACAGUGGCUAUAAACCACAUGAUGAAGGUGCAGCUGGCCCAUUCUGAGGCCUGUGUCCGACAGAACCAGACUCCUCCAUCUGUACCUGAGAUCAAGGUCAUUACAACAUCCACACCCGAAUCUGUCCACAAGAAGUUGGUCACGGAGACCCCGGAACUGAACAGCAACUCGGCCAGUAAUCAGAUGAACGUGCCAGCCAGUUCCACUGAGUCCAAGAGCCAGUAUCACUCUAUUCGUGUCAGCCACAGUGAGACCACACAUGUUGGAACACUCACUAUUGCAGAGAAGAACAAACAUGUGUAUCACUCAGAACCAGCUGAUCUCAUUGAGUAUGCAAAAAGAAGCUCCAAUCGUAACGGCCAGAACCUGCAAACUGGAGUUUGUUCUGUGAUGUGAUUGGCCGCAGGGAAAUCAUGUGAUUUUUGACAGGUCUGUGACCUUUCACCCAGCAACUAGCUGCUUUCUGUGGGCAGGUCCUGCUGCUCUUAGCCCCUGGCAAGAGUGUUGACAAGACAGCUGGCCACUGGCCCGCACCGUUGCUGAAAUACUGAAAUUUAGUGGAGUCCCUCCAUAUUUACAAACACACAGCACAAAUACAACCUGUUACACACUUGCUGCAAGGUUUUUCACAAUUCAGUAUCCCUGUAAUAGCAGAAAUGUCAUCUUAGGUGCUGAACUUCAAAGUUUGUAUUGUCCCAAAGGGAAACUGUUUCACACAUAUCUUGAUCAAUUAAUCUCUCUGUAUUGAAACAUUUGAAACAGGAGUCUGUGUUACUGGACGCUUGUGUAUGGAGUGAUAAUUUAGUGCUUUUGUAUGCAUAUUCUGUGAUUACUGCAGUAAUUCAUAUGCAAUAUGACAAGAUAUGUGGUGUGUAAGUCACUUUUGCUUCUCUGCGAGCCGUAUAUAUUGAUAGAUGAUUGGAUUUUAUUGCUGGAAUUAAUAAGAAACACUCUGAAGGAGAUUCCAGCCUUUUUCUUUGUUGAUUUAACUAGAGUGAAUGUUUAUUUUUCUAAUGCACAAAUGAAUUAUUAAUGUACAUUAUAUGUAUUUCUGUUUAUGUUUUUCAUAAUAAAAUGAAUGAAGACUAUUUAAUGCUGUCUCACCACCAUUAACAUAAUAUAUCACCCUUGUUCUGUGCACCAUAACGUAGUAAUAUACUUGGCAUAUAUUAACUUUACUGCUAUAAAUACCUUUCAUUAAUUAUCUUGUAAGAUAUUAUGGUUAAGUGUCCUCUGAACUACAGAAAAGGUUGAUGUUCAUCUAGGUUGAUACUGUCAGUGCUUUGUGUAAUAUUUUUUAACAAUAAAC